GUAAAAACUGCAAUGCUGCUGACAGAUGCAGUGAUCAACUAUCUCACUACAAGACUGGUCGAAGAAGGAAUAAUGGGUUGCAUAAAUAUGAUAAUCUUAUCAGAUCACGGCAUGGAAUCCUUGAACCAUAGUCGUUCAGUUAUCAUGACACAAUAUAUAUCACAAACUAUCAACCACACAGUUUUUAGCGGAGUUGUUGGCCGGGUUUAUGUGCUCGACAACGCAUCUGUUGAUACGGCUAUGGCAACAAUGAAGUGUAAGAAUGGUACUGACUAUUUGAUACAUAAAAGAAAGGAAUAUGCUUUGCCGGUGAGGUAUCAUUACGGCGGUUCAGCACGCGUUGGUGACGCUGUAGUUGAGGGAAGGGCUACAGUUUUUAUUAUGAAGUUUGUCUUUGUUUACCUUAUUGCGGCAGUUUCUAUUAUAUAUUUCAUUUCUUUUACAAUUUCUGAUAACAAGUAGUA